UCCACCACCAUAACAGGCGGACUCCGUGGCGUUCAACGUGUGGGACAUCGGCGGUCCGGCCAACAUGUCCACGGUCAACCAGUGUUUCUUCACGGACAAGGCCCUGUACGUAGUCAUAUGGAACCUAGCUCUGGGAGAGGAGGCUGUAGCCAGUCUACAGUCCUGGCUGCUUAACAUUGAGGCGCGUGCCCCUAACUCUGCAGUGGUGGUGGUGGGCACCCACCUGGACCUGAUCGACACCAAGUUCCGUACAGAGCGGGUGGCCACUCUGAGGGCCUACAUCCUGGCACUAUGCAGGUCUCCAUCAGGCGCCAGGGCCAGUGGCUACCCAGACAUCACCUGGAAACACCUGCAUGAGGUAUCGUGUAAGACCCAGGAGGGUCUGGAUGGUCUGAAGAGGUUGAUCUUCCAGGUGGCCUGCUACAUGAAGGACAACAGCAGCAGUUCAGCUAGCGGACACAAGCUACUGGGCAGACUGAUCCCAAAGAGCUACCUUACACUGCAGCAAGCGGUGCUAGAUGAGAGGGGUCGGCGGGACACAGAAGACGAGGUCCAGUACCUGACAGACGCACAGCUGGACCUCGUCGUAGAGCAGAACCCAGGAAGUGACAUCAAAGACUACGAGGACCUGCAGACCGCCAUCAGCUUCCUGAUCGAGACAGGCACCAUCCUCCACUUCCCAGACACCAGUCACGGCCUGUGUACCCUCUACUUCCUCUGUCCCGUGUGGCUGUCGGACUGUCUGGAGCGGAUCAUCCACUUGAAGAGCUCCCGAUCGGUGGCCUGGAAUGGGGUGAUCCGAGCGGAGGAUCUGCGCAUGCUCCUGGUGGGAACGGGCUUCACCCAGCAGACGGAGGAGCAGUACUUCCAGUUUCUGGCCAAGUUUGAGAUUGCUCUGCCUGUGGCCAGCGAUAGUUACCUCCUCCCCCACCUCCUUCCUCCUAAACCUGCUAUGGACAUCCACGGCUUCCGUCAAGAGACCGCCAACUCCAUCCAGCGCCUCUUCAAGAUGAGCUUCGUGCCGGCGGGAUUCUGGGAACGCUUCAUCGCCCGCAUGCUCAUCAGCCUCAACGAGAUGGACCUCCAGUCCUUUGAGCCUAAGAGGAAUGCUAAGAGUGAGCGGAGGAGGACCACGGUGAUCUACAGUUUUGCGGGAACAGGUAGCCAACAGAGGCACCGCUGUAGCACCUUCAGAGUCCGCCGCAGUCAGACCAUCUACUGGAGAGAGGGACUACUGGUCACCUUUGAUGGAGGGUAUCUAAGUGUGGAAUCGACUGAUGUCAACUGGAAGAGGAAGAAAAGCGGGGGCAUCAAGAUCAUUUGCCAAUCAGAGACCAGGGAUUUUUCAGCCAUGGCCUUCAUUACGGACCAUGUCAAUUCCCUCAUCGAACAGUGGUUCCCUGCCUUGACGGCCAGUGAGAGUGAUGGGACCCGAUUGAUUGAGCAGUACGCCCCCUGUCCCCAGUGUUCCUCCAUGACUAGACAGAACCAGGGGCCUGGGGAUCUGGGGGAACCCCCAACCAGGGGGACUGCAGCUGGGAGAAGAGGAGGAGAAGGCAGAGAAAACGGGGGAGGAAGAGGAGGGCACUUCUUCAACAUGGAGGACUGUGUGAUCGCUGCCAUGGGCCAGGAGUACAUAGUGUGUCCCCAGCACACCAACCAGCCUGUGCCCCUUCAGGAGCUGGUCCCAGAGCUUUUCAUGACCGACUUCCCCUCACGGUUGUUCCUAGAGAAGGCCCAGUUGAAGUGUAGUGAGGAGGAGAGUGAUAUCCUGGGCCAGGGGGGCAGUGGAACUAUCAUCUAUAGAGCCUGUUACCGUGGCCAACCAGUCGCCAUCAAACGCUUUCACUUCAAGAAGUGCAGGCAGCAGACCAUCAGCAGUGGUACAGACACCAUGAUGAAGCAUUUUCAGUCCAUGGACGCGUGCCGGAGCUUCUCAGAGUUCCGCCAGGAGACCAGCAUGCUCCACUCCCUACAGCACCCGUGCAUCGUGCUGCUGGUGGGAAUCAGUAUUCACCCGCUCUGCUUCGCCCUGCAGCUGGCUCCCCUGGGCAGCCUCAACAUUGUGCUGGAGGACAGACAUAAAGGCUCCAGGUACAUGCCUCUAGGUCACAUGCUCACCUUCAAGGCAGCCUAUCAGAUUGCAGCAGGGCUGGCCUACCUGCACAGGAAGAACAUCAUCUUCUGUGACCUCAAGUCAGACAACAUCCUGGUGUGGUCCCUGGAGGUGUGUGACCCGGUGAAUAUCAAGCUGUCAGACUACGGCAUCUCGCGCCAGUCCUUCCACGAGGGGGCACUGGGUGUGGAGGGCACGCCGGGCUACCAGGCCCCCGAGAUACGCCCAGGCAUCGUUUAUGAUGAGAAGGUAGAUGAUAAGAAGGUCUAUGGUGGCAG